CCCAGAAAAAGGUAACACAGGUCAGCUGACCUGGACACGGCUGCCACAGGGGUUCAAGAACUCACCCACUCUCUUCGACGAGGCCCUCCACCGGGAUUUAACUCCUUUUAGGGCUCUCAACCCCCAGGUCAUAUUACUCCAAUAUGUGGACGACCUCCUAGUGGCAGCUCCCACAUAUGAAGGCUGCAAAAGAGGGACACAGAAGCUCUUGCAGGAACUGAGUAAGUUGGGGUACCGGGUAUCAGCUAAAAAGGCCCAGUUAUGCCAGAAGGAGGUCACCUAUUUGGGGUACCUGCUCAAAGAGGGAAAAAGAUGGCUGACCGCGGCCCGGAAAGCUACAGUUAUGAAGAUCCCCACUCCCACAACCCCCAGGCAGGUCCGCGAAUUUCUGGGCACUGCCGGAUUCUGCAGGCUCUGGAUUCCUGGGUUUGCUUCCCUGGCUGCACCCUUGUACCCUCUGACAAGGGAAAACAUUCCUUUUACCUGGACUGAAAAGCAUCAAAAGGCUUUCGACCACAUAAAAGAAGCCUUGCUGUCUGCCCCCGCUUUGGCUCUCCCAGACCUCACCAAACCGUUUACUCUAUACGUAGAUGAAAGAGCCGGUGUGGCCCGAGGAGUGCUUACUCAGACCCUAGGACCAUGGCGACGGCCAGUAGCUUAUCUAUCAAAAAAACUGGAUCCAGUGGCCAGUGGGUGGCCAACCUGCCUAAAAGCGGUUGCUGCAGUGGCACUCCUCCUCAAAGACGCUGAUAAGUUAACCUUGGGGCAAAAUGUGACUGUGAUUGCUUCCCACAGCCUCGAAAGUAUCGUGCGGCAGCCCCCCAAUCGGUGGAUGACCAAUGCCAGGAUGACUCAUUACCAGAGUUUGCUGCUAAACGAAAGGAUAUCUUUCGCGCCCCCUGCUGUCCUGAACCCAGCUACCCUACUACCAGUCGAGUCAGAAUCCACCCCAGUACACCAAUGCUCAGAAAUCCUUGCUGAAGAAGCUGGGACUCGACGGGACCUGAAGGACCAGCCAUUGCCCGGAGUGCCUGCCUGGUAUACAGACGGUAGCAGCUUCAUUGUGGAAGGUAAGCGGAGAGCAGGGGCCGCCAUCGUAGAUGGCAAACGGACGGUAUGGGCAAGCAGCCUGCCAGAAGGGACAUCAGCCCAGAAGGCCGAGCUAAUCGCCUUGACGCAGGCAUUACGCCUAGCCGAAGGAAAAAACAUCAACAUCUACACGGACAGCAGGUAUGCUUUUGCCACUGCUCACAUUCAUGGGGCAAUAUAUAAACAGAGGGGACUGCUCACUUCGGCUGGAAAAGACAUUAAAAACAAAGAAGAAAUUCUGGCUCUGCUAGAGGCCAUUCACCUCCCUAAGCAGGUCGCCAUUAUCCACUGCCCGGGCCACCAGAGAGGAAAUAACCCUGUGGCGGCCGGGAACCGGAGGGCCGACGAGGCUGCAAAACAAGCCGCCCUGUCGGUCAGGGUGCUAGCAGAAACUAUAAAGCUUCAAGAGCCAAUCGAGCCUGCUCAAGCUAGGACCAAGCCAAGAGAGCUCACUCCUGACCAGGGAAAAGAAUUCAUUCAGCGGUUACAUCAGCUAACACACUUAGGACCAGAAAAGCUCCUUCAACUAACGAGCCGCACCAGCCUCUCCAUCCCGAAUCUCCGGUCCACCGUUCAAGAAGUCGCCAAUCGGUGUCCGGCUUGUGCCAUGACUAAUGCGACUACCACCUACCGAGAGACCGGAAAAAGACAACGGGGAGAUCGACCCGGCGUAUACUGGGAAGUAGACUUUACAGAGGUAAAGCCUGGCCGGUAUGGGAACAGGCUUUAGAAGUUGUAAAAACC